AUGAAAGCCGGCGCCGCCGCGGGCAGCAGCAGCACGUACGAGCCGACGGUGUACACGCUGCUGCUCACGGGCAUGUGCCUGCUGCUGGCGCUGUUCCUGCUGACGCGGCUGCUGGUGGCGGUGCGUAACAAGAACAAGCUGCUGGCCUGGUCCACGGGCUUCCACGUGCUGUGUCUGCUCUGGACGGGCGUGCGCGCCGCCUACUGGAUCAUCAUGUCGAUGCAGUCGAGCAUGCGCUACCUGACGCUCUACCUGCUCUACUGGUCGCCCACGCCCAUCCAGUUCGCCAACUUCUCGCUGCUCAUCCUGUUCUACAUCCAGGUGCUCACGGGCCCGGAGUGGCGCUCCAAGUGGCGCAACGUCUGCCUGCCGCUCUACCUGCUGCUGACCAUGACCAUGACCACGUUCACGGUCGUCUGGGCCUUCAACUCGUCCAACGACAUCUCCAAGGCCACGCGGCGCGGGGACGAGUACGACCAGGAGUUCUCCAGGGUCUCCGACGUCAGCGUGCAGCUCAAGUACUCGGCCUUCUGCUUUUUCCUGCUCAGCGUGCUCUUCGGAUUCUUCGGCUGGAAAAUGGCCAAUGUGCGUGGAAUUUGCUGUUAA